CGCCGGCGGAGUGUCCAUUUGCUGUUCUUUGCUAAAAAGUUGUGUAACUGCCGAAAGUUGUGUAACGAAGAAAACAAAAGGACAUCCUUCCGAGGAGGACUCGUUUGUUUAGGUUAUAUAGAGGGUCAGUCCUCACACACUAACCCUCCAAAGACAUUUUUAAUUGUCUUUCAGCGAAAAUGUUUUCGCUCUCGACGGCGUUUCAGCCCCACCAGAUGAUGGUUCCUCUCGGCCAGCUCAUCAAUGCCCUGCACUCUCUGAAGAGCUCAGCUACAGCAUCAGUCCAAACCCUUCACAAAGACUUCACUUCAGAGCACACUAAAUACCUGAGAGAGCCAAGUGUGAGUCUGAGAGAUCUGGGCCUGUCCGACGUCGGGGUGAGUCAGCUGGACGAGCUGGUCAACAGAUUACUACCCGUACCGGGACCAGAGGAACCUCCCACUGUUCCUUCAGCGUGGAGGACGAGUCACGUUUCUGCACACAGCUUUUUUCACAACAAGCAUGGCUUUUCCCAGAGAAGAUUGGUGGGUUUCGGUUCAACGUUGUUCCACAGACAGUACCACAGCCCUCUCAGAGAAGUCUGCUCAGAGCUACAGUUGUUACCAGCGUGGGUCCAGAGUCGAGGUUUUAAAACACUUCGAUCCAAACCCAGACGAGUGGAGUCUGGAUACGACGGGCCAGUGGAAUCAGAGGCCGACACACCAGCUUUCAUGAAGGGGUUGCUGAUGAGGGAUAAAGAAGCUGAGGUUCAGUCACUGAAUCAAGUGAUAAAACAAAAGAACCUUCCAGAAAAUCAGCAGGAGGCUUUCAAGACGGGGUUCACUGAGGGAUUCAUGAGGUCCCAGGCAUUUACUCAGAGAACACAAGACUCACUUAGAAGAACCAGGCUGGUCUUGCUGGUCCUCCUACUUGCUGGUAUUUAUGGCCUGUCAAGAACCCCGUUUCUCUCUGGUAAAGGCUCCUUUUCUGAUGCUGUGAGGUUUCGCACCACAUCGGGACUCGACUCUGCAUUGGACCCCGUCCAGAUGAAGAACGUGACGUUUGAGCAUGUUAAAGGAGUGGAAGAGGCAAAGAAUGAGUUACAGGAUGUUGUUGAGUUUCUCAAGAAUCCGCAGAAGUUCACUAUUUUAGGUGGAAAACUACCUAAAGGGAUCCUCCUGGUUGGACCACCAGGCACAGGAAAGACUCUGUUAGCGCGAGCUGUCGCCGGGGAGGCCGAUGUGCCUUUCUACUACGCCUCUGGAUCGGAGUUUGACGAGAUGUUUGUGGGUGUGGGUGCAAGCAGAAUCAGGAACCUUUUCAAAGAGGCUAAAGCAAAUGCUCCCUGUGUUAUAUUUAUUGAUGAGUUGGACAGCGUGGGUGGAAAGAGGAUUGAGUCUCCUAUGCACCCUUACUCCAGACAAACCAUCAACCAGCUGCUGGCUGAAAUGGACGGAUUUAAACCAAAUGAAGGCGUCAUUGUUAUCGGUGCUACAAACUUUGCUGAGGCUUUGGAUAAUGCACUGGUGAGGCCUGGGAGGUUUGACAUGCAGGUGACUGUCCCUCGUCCGGAUGUCAAAGGCCGCACAGAAAUUCUUAACUGGUACCUCUCCAAGAUCACAACUGACUCUGCCGUUGAAGCAGAGAUUAUCGCCCGAGGCACCGUGGGAUUCUCAGGAGCAGAACUGGAGAACCUGGUCAACCAGGCAGCCCUGAAGGCGGCAGUGGACGGGAAAGAGAUGGUCACAAUGAAGGACCUGGAGUUCGCUAAGGACAAGAUCCUCAUGGGUCCUGAGAGGCGGAGCGUUGAAAUAGACAAGAAGAAUAAGACCAUUACAGCGUACCACGAGUCCGGCCAUGCCAUCGUUGCCUAUUACACUAAAGACGCAAUGCCCAUCAAUAAAGCUACAAUCAUGCCAAGGGGACCAACUCUGGGCCAUGUGUCCAUGCUCCCAGAGAAUGACCGCUGGAGCGAGACCCGAGCUCAGCUGCUGGCUCAGAUGGACGUCAGCAUGGGCGGUCGAGUAGCAGAGGAGCUCAUCUUUGGAGACGACUACAUCACCACUGGAGCCUCCAGUGACUUUGAUGGUGCAACUAAAAUAGCAAAAAUGAUGGUUACAAGGUUCGGCAUGAGCGACAAGCUCGGGGUCAUGACCUACGGAGAUGUAACAAAGCAGAGCCCCGAGACACAAGCUGCUAUCGAACAGGAAGUCAGACUUUUACUGAAGGACUCGUACGAACGUGCUAAAAACAUCCUGAAGACUUACAGUAAGGAGCACAAGAAGCUAGCGGAUGCCCUGCUCACAUAUGAAACUCUGGAUGCUAAAGAGAUCCAGACGGUGCUUGAGGGAAAAGCUCUGGACCACUAAAUGCCUCAGCAGACAUUUUUGACCCUUGAAUUGUGUACAUGUAAAUAUAAAGCUGUGCUAUCCAGCUCAGGCCUUUUGGAGGCCGUCUAUUUUAUGUUUGUAUUCCUCAUGUUGUCAAUGUGAAGAUUACAAUGAAAUGAACAUGUUUCACCCUAUUUUAUUUAAAUUUUUUUUUCUUUUGGCAUCACCUGCUGAGGACUCUCAGUUUCAGUGAUUUUUAAACCGUCUCACGACUGAAUCUGGUUUGAAUACGUGAAUACUUGUUCCUCAUCACACAGGAGAGGUUUUAUUGUGGUUUUAGCCUCCUGGAAGACAUCUUCUGCCGUAGUUUAAUACAUCAGUCAUAUGAACGUGAUAUCGCUCAUAGCGAGUCACGUUGCUCAGCCAGAUGAACACCAUAGGACCUUAAAUUACCUCAGUCUAUCAUGUACCCUUUGGCUGUAAGAAGGUACAGGUGAUUUCACUGUUCAUUGUUGAACCUCUUAAUGAAGAGGUUUUUUUCUUUUAUAUUUCAUUUGCAUAUACAAUGUGUUAUUAUUUAUUUAAGUGCCCGAAGGUGUGUUCUUUGUUCCAUUAAAAGUAGUAGUAGGACCUUUUUGUCCUUGUCUAAGAUCGCCAGUAACUGAUAACUAAGAGGAGUGUGUGUGUGUGUGUGUAAGCUUGUGAAAUGACUGGCUUGGUGCUUCUGUUACUUUAGAUAAAGACCUUCUGGAAGCUCAAAUAAAGAUUACUCUUAUGAAA